CCUGGCUGAGUCUGGUCAACACUUACAACUACAACCAAUCUCUGAUACUGAACAUCAUCUCACUUGUCUCUGUACGUCUCAUCGCCCAGAUCCUGCCACGUCUUCCCCACAAGUGACGCGACAGAUUCAGUUGGCGACCGAAAAAAGAUCUUACAGGCUGACCAUCGAGAAAGGACCCCCUUAUUCUCCUCCCCUUCUCUUUGUACCCCCGCACGGUUCUACCUCCUUGAAACUCGGAACUGGGACGAAACACAAAUCAAAGGGGAUAAAAACGGCAUCGAUCUAGACAACUCGUGCAUAUUAUACAGGCCGAAGAUCGAUAUCAUACGAACUAUUCGAUAGAAAGAGAGAGAAAACGGCCACGGAUCCAGCCAUAACACACCACAGAAUCUAAGCAUGUCUUCCGAACCUACCGCCACCGAAUCCGCCGCUGCGCAAUCAAUAGCCGGUCAGCCGCAGUCGACGGAUGAUCUGAAGGUCAAGCAGGACGGCGGGGUCGAGCAGGUCAAGGAGGGAGAGCAGAAGGAAGGUGGUGACAAGACCGUGUUUGAUGAUGCUGGGAACUUUAACGUCAAGCACCCGCUCUUCUCUCAAUGGACCCUCUACUUCUCCUCGCCCCACGUAAAGAACGUCCCCAAGACGCCUAGCACCGCCGCCGCUCCUGCUGGGCAGGCGAGCGGAUGGAUGGAGGAUAUGAGGAAGGUCGCCAAGUUUGAUAGCGUAGAGGAGUUCUGGGGGUUGCACAACAACAUCGUACCGCCUUCGACUCUUGGCCAAAAGGCCGACUACUACCUCUUCAAGGAGGACAUCAUCCCCGCCUGGGAAGAUUCGGCGAACAAGAACGGUGGCAAGUGGAGCGUUCAGCUGCCCAAGGAGAAGACCAAGGCGACGAUCGACCAGAUGUGGUUGUAUACGAUGUUGGCAGCUAUCGGGGAGACUUACGAGACCGACGCCGGAAGCAAGGAUAUGGGCGAGCCCUCAGACGAUCUCGUCACCGGCGUCAUUGUCAACGUCCGACCAGCCUUCUUCCGACUGAACAUCUGGACCCGACAAGCGCCUACCGACCCCAACGAGCCUUCCCCCUUGCUCGAACGCAUCCUCAAGAUCGGUCGACACUUUAAAAAGGACGUGCUCGGGUACGAGCUCGACGCCAAGUUGAUGCAGAGCGGGUACUCUACCGAGGUCGAGUUUAUCAACCACAAGGACGGGGAGAAGAAGUUGAAGGCCAAGAAGAUCGUGCUUAACUGAGAGGCAUGAAUAUCGGAAAGGGCAGCGAUGAGGGACGUAAUGAGGGAGGGCCUUUGUACUUUUGACUUCAGGGAUGAUAAUUCGAUCGGAUACAAUCGAGGUAGCGAAGCGGGUAUGGUAUACGAUACAACAGGUGUUGGGCCAGACUCGAAAGUGCUCCAUUUGAGUGUCAGCUGGCGGAUAUCGAUGCAGGUCCGACGGUGCCGCUCUUCACUUCUUCUCCGAUUUUCUUCUCCUUGUCGGCUUCCGUCACGACAUGGUCUUCCUCUCUGAACCUCGUUCCGAAA